AUGCAGGAUCUACGCUACAAUAAUACAUCUAAGGAAUCCGGAGGCAGUAACGAUAGCACCAACCAGAUCUUCAUCGACUCGUCUACAUGGUCAAACUUCAGUGCAUCGGGCGUGGGGACAGAUGGUCCGACCGUUGCUUCAACGACGGCUGCCAUUGAACCAGAAGUUGGCAUGGCACAGAUGCCAGAAUUGGGUCUCUGUCGUCGCCAUUCGCAGCGAAAUCCUCGCUCGUGUGACUUCUGUCGGGCUCGAAAGACGGCAUGUCGUGUGGAGGAUGCGUUUUAUGCUGCCAUGGACGCUGUCAGAUUGCCACCCGACACCUCAAGUAAUCAAGAGGACGCCGCUGUACAGAGACCCUUCCAAUCUUCACCCUCAGAUUCUCCAGAAGAGUUGUUCGCAGCCGACUGGCAGGAAAAACGGCGCCCAUCAGACGGUCGGGGGGAUAUCCAUGGUUUCUCGCAAACACGAUCGAUCGAUCUCCGAUCAUCGCAGACAUCCUUUCUACUGGGCGAUACGGGCGAAUCUGAUCCUUAUCUCGUACGGAGCUCCUCUCUCGCGAGCACUGGAAAUGAGGAUUCCGAUGCCCCAAUCAGUUACAUUCAGAUACGAACACAAAAAAAUUGGCGACACGGAAGUGCCGAUACUGGUCUUGAUGAAGAAAGACCAAUUGUGUUUAUGCUCAUCGACCACAGUCUCCACGGUCGCUACGAGCCUCGUGUGGACGAGGACGUACUCCAGAACGCACAUACUUCCUUGCAGGAAAUGUGCAGCGACGCAAUCGGCGUCCGACUUGUGAAGCUCUACUUUAGAUAUGUUUACCCGUACUGGCCAGUUCUGUCUCGCUCAAUGUUGUUCUCUUCCGAAUCCAGUUUCGCAAGCAACGUUGCGAGUCUUUCGCUAUCACUCAAGGCCGCUUUGUAUGCCACAGGUCUGCCCUUCAUGGUUUUCGACGAAGUGCUUGCCGCGCAGCUGGAUCUGCAGAAGCUGUCCGCAAACAAUCUCUACCGAAUCUGUUGGCUGGCAAUUACGCAUGAGAUCCACAACCCUCAUCUUUCGACCCUCCAGUCAUGUCUGCUUCUGCUUCAGAGAGCCAACGAUGACCGUUACGUCAUGGACUCUCCUUUUCGAUGGAGUCUGCUGGCAUGGACAAUCAGCCUGACGCAAAGCCUUGGCUUGUCAACUGAUUGCUCGAACUGGCUGGGAAUUCCCAGCUGGGAAAAACGACUGCGGCGACGUCUGUGGUGGGCCGUUUUUAUCAUGGAUAAAUGGAGUUUCCCCAGUGCUGGUCUCACAACCCAUAUUAAACGAGAAGACUAUGAUACCCAACCGCUGACGGCCGAAGAUUUCGCAUCUACGGCUAUCAUCGAAGGAUCCCCCAGGGAUCUGACUACCGGUGAUUUUACAGCGCAGCAUGAGGACUCCCACUUUUAUCACUUGGUCGAACUAUCACGCAUUGUCUCUGAUAUUCAUGACGCUUUCUUCACUAUUCGCGCCGCGAACGCCACGCGCCAUGACUUUUCUCGGACCAUUGAGCUCGCGCGGCCUCUUCGUUCCCGCCUUCAAAUUUGGAAGGAAUCUUUCAAUAUGUUCAUCUCAAGACGUCAGCAUGACACCCGCCGACACUCUAGGCUGGAUGGGAAUGUUUCCCUGAGUCUGGCAUAUCUUGUAUCUGUAAUGAUUCUAUUCAGAGCAAUGCUUCGGCCUUUAGAAAGCUCUGCUGCCGCCAGGGGGAACAUACAGGUAGAAGAACGGGGGAAAGUGGCCAUCCGAGCUGGUGCAAAGGCUUGUUGUCUCGAGGUCGUACAGUUUGUCGAACAAAUCCCCCGAGGAGCGUGGGACGCAUUCUGGCACAGUUGUAAGUAA